AUGACAGAUAUAUCAAAAAAAAAUAAUAAUAAUCUUCCAUUAAAGGAGGAAGAGGAAGAGGAUGGUGGAAAUGAAAUUUCAUUUGGAGAGAUGAGUAGAGCUGAUUUGAUAUCAACCAUUAGAGAGAUUAGAACAGAAUAUUUCGACCUCAAGGACAGAUACAAAGGCAUCAAAGGAAAGAUUGGUGACAAGGAAAAGGAUAUCCAGUUCCAGAGAAAAUUGUUGACCGAGCGCGAGGACUUGUUGUUGCAGCUGCAGUGGGAGGAGAACCAAGACAUCAACUACCUCCAACAGGUCGGUGCGACCGACGACGACAGCAAGGCACGCCAGGUCAAGAUGAAGGCACUGCUCGACCAGAUGCGUGUCAUGGAGCAGGGUAUUUUCGAUCGCGACUACAAGAUCAAGCAGUUGGAAAAGACCAUCGAGAACAUCACGCUCAAGCAGAUCGACCGUCCCACCGGCAGUCUUGCAGUCGUUGUAGAUGGUGCCACCUCUAAUCCACAACUACUCCAACAAAAGAUGGACGAAGAGAAUCCACUAGGACGUUCUCAUCUGAUUGAUCCAUCCAUCAUCACAUUGGAAGGCAAGGUUUUAGAGACAGAGAUCAAGAGAAGUAUCUCAGAGUAUCCAUUGCCACCGCUCAAGAUACCAACUCCUCAACUUGGAAAGAUCGUACCGGUCGAAGAAACAUACUCUACCGCUACCAUUUCGUCACCAGCACCUGCCACCAUUUCAUCGGCCAGUUCUACACCCGCCACAACACCAUCUCUUUGGAGAGGUAUUUCUUCAUGGUUUAGCACUCCAAUUCAAUCAAAUGGUACUAUAACCAUUCCUCUUGAUCCAAAUUCUACUGAUGAUAACAAUACAACCAGCAACAACAAUAACAACAUUAUUAUUAAUACUACAUCUGCUACUACAGUAACAUCUGAUGCUUCUUCAUCCACUUCUUCAUCUUCCAUUUCUUCAUCAAACUCUUAA